UCAUGAUUUCAAGAUGGCAGCCUCCUAUUCAGAAAGGGUUUCGUCCUUUGAAGAUGUCUUGAAAGGUCCCAAAAUAGAUAUCCUGGAGCUGUCCAAAAUGUGUUUCAAUGGUGUUCCGGACUCUGCAGGAAUGAGAUCAGUUUGUUGGAAAAUCUUGUUAAAUUACCUUCCCAAAGUUAGAUCAGCAUGGCAAGAUGCAUUAGCAAAACAGAGACAAUUAUACAAGGAUUUUCUUGAAGAGAUGAUUAUACAGCCCGGGUCUAAGGAAUACAGUACUAAGAGGACCGACGUUACAAUGGAAGAUCAUCCUUUGAACCCCAAACCAGACAGCCAGUGGUCGCAGUACUUCAAAGACAAUGACGUUCUUCUUCAAAUUGACAAAGAUACAAGGAGAUUGCAGCCCGACAUUGGGUUUUUCCAGAUAGCCACAGACUACCCAUGCAAGGAGCUUGUCGAUGCGUCUACCUCGCUAGAAACGCUGAGGAAGCGAAUAGAGCACACCAUGUUCCACUCAGUUGCUGUGGCGAAGUCUAGAGCUGGCAUUACAAAUAUGAAAACCUCUCAGAAGCCUAUGAAGAUGGAGUUUGGUCACGACACGUUAGAUGACGGUCAAGAGGCUCAUUGGGAGGUCUUAGAAAGAAUUCUCUUCAUCUAUGCCAAGCUCAACCCAGGCCAAGGCUAUGUCCAGGGCAUGAACGAGAUCAUCGGCCCUCUCUACUAUGCAUUUGCAGCUGAUAAGGACUUGAGUUUGCGAGAACACGCCGAAGCGGAUACCUUCUUCUGCUUCACCAACCUCAUGUCCAAGAUGCGCGACACCUUCAUCAAGACGCUGGACGACUCACCAUCGGGGAUCAACGCCAAGAUGGACCAGCUGAUGCUGAUGGUCAAGCGUUGCGACUCCAAGAUCUGGUUGCAGUUCGAGAAGCAGGAACUGAAGCCUCAGUUCUUCGCCUUCCGAUGGCUGACCUUGUGGCUCACCCAGGAGUUUCCUCUUCCAGAUGUGACAAGAUUAUGGGACUCUCUACUAUGUGAUGAAGACAAGCCAGAGUUUCUUCUUUGUGUGUGCUGUGCUAUGAUUCUGUCCCAGAGAAAAAUCAUCCUUGAAGGAGACUUUGCUACAAAUAUCAAGAUGUUACAGCACUAUCCAGCAAUAGACAUGCAUGAACUACUGAGGAAAGCCAUCAAAGUACGAGAGACCUGUUCAUGAUCAAGACAAUACUUAAAAAAUCUGGCGAUGUUUCGUUGUAUUUUGCUCCACCGAGGCUUCAUAUAUCAACAUUAAUACAGAUGGACCUCUUUAUAGGAAAUGUCACUUUCAUGUGGUGUGGUGUCGCUUGCUGCGAGGAGUGUAAUAAAUGGCUUGCGCAUCAGGGAAACAAAGAAAUGCGUUUGGAAAAUGCAUGUAUCCAUUGUUUGUUGGACAACGGAUCUGAACAACACAGCGUGAUGAACUACAAGAGCGAUGACGGAAGGUUUAAGAAAAGGUACACAGAACUCAAUUAAACCUUGUUUAGAUAUUUCUUUAAUGAUGAUGUAAAGUGCAAUGCUCUUUACUUUUCUGUAUCGUAUAUCACAUACCUCAGUUAUUACCCUUAGAACCUUUGUUGCAUGCAGU